CUCUUAUCUUAUCAGCGCCCCAAAAAGUUGUUAGUGAUGAGGGGCCUGGAAAAUGUUUUGGCUCGACAUCACUGGUGAAACUUUGUCUAUCUUUUUUUGCGCCGACUUAAGUGACUUCCUCUGUCUUCUUACAUUCGUUCUAACAUCAAAUCUUCUAGAGCGACACCCAUCUGAUAUUCAACAAUGGGCAAGAAGCGAGCGCGCGAAGAGGGUAAGGAUGUCCCGCCAGCUGAUAUCGACAAAAUGGACGAGGACGGUUCUGAUGACGAGGACUUCGAUAUGGUUGACGUUGAUUUUGAGUGGUUCAACUUUGACCCCGAGGUCGAUUUCCACGGUACCAAGACCCUCUUGCGGCAACUAUUCGAUGUUGAUGCGAAUCUCUUCAACAUGUCUGCCCUCGCCGAUCUCGUUCUCUCACAACCAACCAUUGGUUCUACCAUCAAGGUUGACGGAAAGGCCACUGAUGCCUACGCCAUGCUCACUAUUCUCAACACGGCCGUCCACCAAGAAAAGGAGCCCAUGAACGAUAUUAUCAAAUACCUGAUCGAGAAAGCGCAGAGUAGCUCGUCACUGACACCCAUUGCCGACGUUCUCAAAAGUGGAAAGCACGUGGGACUUGUGUUCUCUGAACGCCUCAUUAACAUGCCUUCUGAGCUGGCCCCACCACUAUAUUCAAUGCUUAUCGAUGAGGUUGAGGCUGCUGUGGAGGACAAUGAACCCUACGAUUUCACUCACUACUUGAUAUUGUCCAAGACAUACCAGGAACUCGAGUCUAAGUUGGAUGUUGAGAAUCAGAAGCGCAAAAAGGCAAAGGAGGAGGCCGGCAUUUAUUAUUUCCACAUGGAAGACGAGGUGCUACAAAAACACGCGGUAGCGCACGGCAAUUUCAAUUACACAAAAGAGGACGAGUCGGCGGCAGACAGUAAACGGGCAUUCCAAGAAAUGGGCGUCAAGGCGCACGGGCACAUGAUUCUUAUCGAGGCGAACAAGUUCCCAGGGGCGGUCAAAGCUGUUAAUGAAUAUCUCAGUGCGGCGCAAUAGAUGAGAUGAAGCUCAGGCACUUGGUUCUAGCCUUUGCAUCAAGUAUUCCACCUCGACUUCCUUGGUUAAUGGGAUAACGAAGUCCUUGUACAUUGAAACAACAGCGUCAACAUCGAUUUUCGCUGCUCCCUCGGUCCCGUCGGGGAUGGAGGGGUCCUUGCCAUAUGUCAGAGCCUUGAGUCGUAGUCGCUCAAGGACCUUCUUCUCCACUGCUGCAUUAGUGAUAGAUUCAGCGAUGCCAUCCCGAUCUUCAGCCUUGAUAAGCCGAAUAUACUUUUCCUCGUCCGACCGGAAUUUGGACUCUGCGACGAACUUGCCGAAGUGGAUGCGUCGUGAUAGAGCUUGUAGACAAGCAAUAUCGCAAGUUGCGGUUGAGCCGUAGUUUUCUUGAGACUCACCCCGCUCCUCGCGUCCGAAAUCGGGGCAUACUGCGGGGAGAAACUUUUCCGUAUAGAAUUUCUUGAUCUUGUCGUUCACAUUGACGUUGUUUUCAUGCAAGAUCUUGGGAUAAUUGAGAGGCUUGAGUAUUGGGUUUUGCAAUGCAUCGGGGAAGAAAGGAUAUUCGUCAGGUGACUCGAAGCGUCGGAUGAGGGAUUGUAGCUUCUCCUGCUCGCGAAAAUACCAGUCGAGGAAGCUCAGAUUCGCUUCAGGCAAUUCCACAGCUCCAGGAACAUAGAUCGUCUAAAAUGAUGACAUGGUUAACUAUCGUUAUUAUGCGGUCUGGGAUCUUGCGGCUGGACCGGGGUUUGCAUGAGGCGCUCUAAUCCCACUUACACCAUUCAAUGCGAAUUGCACUCUCUCGAUCAGAUGGAAGGUGAUUGUGUCCUCAAG